UCCAUUAACACAAAGUCUUGGUAAAAAAGUAAAUGAUGCAAUCUCUUCUUGUAUUUGUCAUAUCAGUUGCAUCAAUAAAAACACUGCAUGGAAGCAAUGGAGUUAUGUAUCCAUCGUCAUUGUCAACGCUUAAUGAAGUUCCCAAUUGUCCUAGAAAUCAACAUGAUUGGGAAAAAGCUGCAGCCAGAAAGGAUUGCAACCAAAUUAGUAAAAGUGACAACAAGCCCUUUGUUUAUCACUGUUUAAUAAAUGAAUGGGCAAAUGCUACAGUUGAAGUAUGUGCUCCAACAUGGUUUGUCUCAGGAUUCUGUGCAAUGUACAGUUCUUCCGAUGCAAGAGUUAUUGACAACUUUAACUACGACUGCACCCAUUACACCCCUCCUUGUCCACAACGAUACAUUUCAUCAGAGGCUUACAAAUAUGGCGUUUGCUAUGACAUU